ACAAUAUUUUUGAAAUAUUUUUUUAUUUUAUGGAUUGAUUUACCAACUUACUUCUGAGAGAACCUUAAAUUUAUCUUUUUAUUUAGGCUGGAAGUUCAAAUUAUCAACUUUCCAUGUGAGUAUAAUUUGUUAAAACUUGACUCGGUUGCCAGUAUUUUUUAUACUAUUUUACUGACCAAUUAAUAUAUUUAUAUUCAGUUGGGCUUUGCCAUAUCUACAUAAACUUAUUUACUAAAUUAUACAUAUAUAACACAAACAAUAUGAAUUUUAUCUGACACUGCUGAUUGUUGCAAAAAGUCGUUCCUUUGCAUUAUCAACUUUACCAAACACGUUUUCUCUGGGUCUCUUGCUUCAGGACCUCUAGGGAGAACAGUUCAGAAAUAUUGGUGAAGGUAUCCAGUCAGAAGUAAAUAGUUAAUUAAGUUAUAGCUGACACUGGACCGAUAAAAGUUGGACCCAAUUUAAUUUGGUAUUAAGCACAGCAUUCGUAAUCUGCCUUGCCAAAAAGGUUCCCAAUUUUGUCGCUGCAAUAAUAGUCCAAUUACAAGGGCUGGAACGUAUAUAGUUAGCUUAUAUGCAUGGACAUUUCUAUAACCAUUUCGGCCCCUGGGACUUAAAAAAUUCCCUCCAGGCUAAGGGUGAAAACUAAUGCUAGUUAUAAACUAGUUUCCUCCCAGUACAAGCAUACUGUAUAUUUUAUAAUACGAAACAAACUGUAGUUUCUUGCGAAAACCACUGUAGUUUUUUUUCUGAGAAAUAACAGUUUGUUUCCAGAAUACAUUUUUGCAAAUCAAAUUUGUGCCUCAGAAAGCCCCGGAAUAUGAUUUGCUGCAUUGUACUAAGGUUUGCUUAGGAGGGGGGAGGGGGAUAGGGGUGGUUGCCAAUUGAAACAGCAAUGACCAUACAUUAGGUCAUUAAUUUCUUGUUUUCCCAAUUUCCAAUCGUGUUGAUAUAACUGUAUAUCAACAUGGAAAAAAUGUUUUAUAUUUGUUUUAUAAUAUAGCACAAAAAAUAUAAAGAAAGACAUUUUCCGAGUUUCCGUAUUGACAUUGAGUUAUAUCAACACAGCUUUUAGCCAAUCAGCGUUCAGAAUUUACAAAUGCUAUAUUAUAAUCACUUGUCAUAUAAUGAAUAAUAUUUCAGAUUGUCACAAUGGAAAACUUUAAACGUUAUUACUCUGAGAGAGCGCCUUUGUUCGAAGAAAUUGACUGCAUGGAUCCAGUUGCAUUUUACGAAGCGAAAGGACAGUGGGCUAGAGACAAAGCUGUGCAUGUUGAGAAAGUUAAAAUAUAUCAUGAAAGAUUACGAGAUUGCUAUCAGAGGGAAGAAGUGAAUUUUCGAGAUAAUUGUAAGAAAGAAAUCGAUGACUACUGGCAAGCAUUUCAACUGUUUAAAAGAGAUGGUAAAUAUUUAUGUAUAAGAUUUAGUCAGACCUACACAUCCGGCACCUAAUAUAUAGACAGCCUUAUAUAUAGUCGCAGCAUUUCUUGGGCAUAUCACGCGAUGGCGUUUCAUUCAAACUGGUACAAACCCAAAAAAUAUCUGUGCAAGAUGAAGUACUAGCCGUUGCGAACGUUUCUUAUUGGUUAAACACUUACAUUUAUAUUUGAAAUGCCCUUGGAAAACCUCUGGAAAAAGGAUGAAAAAAGUGCUGGAAAACCCUGGAUUUUUUAAAUUAUGAAGAUGUAUAAACCCUGAAAUUACUGUAUAGAAUAGGAUAACCCAACUGCAAGCCGACCAUUGAAGUUAUUGUACAAUGAAUCAGUUUAUCAACCACAUUAACCCAUUGAGCCUCAAUGCGUUCCAAUUUUUUUUACUUGUCCAACACCAGAUGAUUUUACUUGUCAAUGGGGAAGCUUGCAGCUUAAUGGGUUAACAUAAUAGAAGUUGAUACUAUAAACAAAAUAGCAACUACUAUAUAUUAACCUGAAAUUGUAAUGAAAAAGGUAACAUAAUUACGUAAACAUUAGUCCAGGGCUGCAAAUAAAUAUUUGACUUGACAGGACAUUUGUCCGAUCACUUUUAAUUUUGGUCGGACAUAACUUGAAUUUGGUUUAAACUAAUUUUGUCGGACAUAUAUGUCACAAGAUAUAUAUAGGCUAAGUCACAAGACAAGUAUGUAUAGCCAUUCCGGCGCAACGUUAAAGUAAAAUGCUAGAAUUAUGCCUCAUAAGUUUUAUUGCAAAAUGCAAAUUGAGUGAAUUUGCAAUCGAAUUUUGUCACAGCAAAAAAAUGUAUAAUGUGACAAUUUUUUUUGUGAUCUGACCAAUUGUUCAAAAUUACUUUUGCUCGGACAUUUGCCAAAUUUAGUCGGACAUUGUCAGAUGUCCGACAGUAAUUUGCAGCCCUGUUAGUCAGAAAAGUUAUGGAUUUUUAUUUCAUUUUCAGCCAAAAUGCAACUAGUUUUUCUUACAGUUCCUUAAAAAAAUAGCGAUUAAUUUUGUUACUUGUAAUGAAGAACGUUACAGCAUUGUUUAUUGUGUACAUUGCCAAAUAUUUUAUUUCUUCCACAGCUUGGGGUUAUACUGACGGUGGAAAUGUGAACGGCUACAAGCCAAGACAUGAGAAAUUUAUUGAAAAAGCUGUCAGAGAAAUGGGACAGUAGAAGUGUUAUGUUGAAAGAUAUGUUUAUCCAUGGUAACAUUUACCCUUGUUUUGACUGAGAUUAUGUCAAGCAUUAAAAUUUUAUAACUUAAUUCUUUCAUUGUUUACUUGGUUAAUGGAU